AACAGCGCGCGGUGCUGAAAACUCACUCACUCUCUCACAUGCAUAGAAAUGCACGCAGGAUUAACCCUGUGCGGAGAAGAUUCAUGUGCCAAAACUGCGUUGAUAGUCUACUUCUGAGGAAAACGAAGGGGGACACACCAAUCAGUCCACACGUUCUGCCAUGUACUGACGCGUUUUGAGAUUAUUUCCGGUUAAUUAAGAUCUAAUUCCGCAAAUAACUGAGUAACAAGGACCACUAUCAAAUUCUGAGAACCCCUAACACUUGUCUAAAAAUACAUCAUAUGAGUUGAGGAUUUAUGGACUGAAAACGGGGGAUGUUGUUCGUUUUACAACUGUUUUUAUACUGAAAAACAACCAGUGACAUUUGAAUACCUUUCAGCAGCCGGAAUUUCUCAUUUAUUAUCAGUUAAAUGAGUGCCGACGUUAUCAAACUGACGCGGAGUCGUGGGAAUGGCGCGGAGAAAUAGCGCGGCCACUUAUGGACUAUUUUCCAACGAAAGGAUUUUAUGAUUUCUUGAUGUCUGGAUUCUUUAAACAAGGGGUGUAGGGGGUCUGUGUUACCUUUAACGAAACAUCAGCUGUAGUUGAUACCCAGACAAGAAGCCUCGGUCUCAGUUGAGACGCAGGGAUCUGGCGAGCAGAAAAAAAGACUGAUCGACGAAGACUGAGGUGUUACCUCUCUGUGGGCUCAUGGAUCUCCCUGUGGUGUCAUUUCUGCUGUGGGGACUGCUGCUAGACUUGUUGAGUGGUGCAGUGGGUGGCAUUCUCUACCAUGUGCACGAGGAACAGCCUCCCAGCACGCUCAUUGGCAGCCUGGCGGCAGACCAGGGCCUACCAGACACUGGACACCUGUACAAACUGGAGGUGGGCGCUCCCUACUUGCGGGUGGAUGGCAAGACUGGGGAUAUCUUUACCACUGAGAUCCCCAUAGACAGAGAGACUCUGAAGGAUUGUCGCAAUAAAGGCAAGCCCUGCUUUCUAGAGUUUGAGGUGUCGGUCACAGACCUUAUUCAAAAUCAGAGUCCACGGCUGAUAGAGGGAAGGAUUGAGGUGCAGGAUAUCAAUGAUAACACACCACAGUUUCCCUCACCUGUCCUCACCCUCUCAGUUCCAGAGAACACCCACAUGGGGGCGCUCUUCUCAAUUCCGCUGGCCACUGACAAAGACACGGAGAGGAAUGGAGUAGCUGACUACACCCUAACAGCAGGACCAGAGGCUGUAGCACCCUUUGGUCUGCAGGUUGCAGAAGACCGUGGUGAAAAAUUGCCUCAACUGAUUGUAUUGGGAAGCCUUGAUCGAGAGCUGAAAGACUCCUAUGACCUCACCAUCAAAGCUGUGGAUGGAGGCAAUCCACCUCGCUACAGCAGUGCCUUGCUGAGGGUUGUGAUCGCUGAUGCCAACGACAAUGCACCCAAAUUUGAAAAAUCAUCCUACGAUGCAGAAGUUUCAGAGAACAGCCCAAUCGGACACUCUGUGUUGCAGGUAAAGGCUAAUGAUUCAGACUUGGGUCCUAAUGGUGAGAUUGAAUACACGUUACAUCAGGCAAUUGAUCCUGUGCCCAAACUACUCCGGAUAGACCGUUCCACUGGUAUCUUAUAUGUGAAAGGCCUGUUGGAUCGUGAGGAGAUCAACAAUCUGAAGUUUUAUGUUGUCGCACGAGACAAAGGCCCCUCACCCAAAAGUUCAAAAACAUAUGUUUCUAUUGAUGUGACAGACCAGAAUGACAAUGCACCAGCAGUGGAGAUUCGUGGUAUUGGACUUGUGACGCAUAAUGAUGGGGUAGCAAACAUAUCAGAGGACAUGCCAGUUGGCACUGCAGUGGCACUGGUGCAGGUUUCAGACAAGGACGAAGGGGAGAAUGCUGUGGUUACCUGUGUGGUUGCGGGUGAUGUUCCUUUUCAGCUUCGGCCAGCCAGCGAUUCCUCAGUGGAUAACAAGAGGAAGUACUUCCUGCAGACCACAACACCUCUAGACUAUGAAAGAGUUAGAGAUUACCGGGUGGAGAUUGUGGCAGUUGAUUCAGGCAACCCAGCUCUGUCCAGCACUAACUCACUGAAAGUCCAAGUGACUGACACAAAUGACAAUUCUCCCAUUUUCUCACCAACUCUAUUUGAAGUGGAGUUUGCUGAAGAGAACCAGCCAGGAGAAAAAGUAGUAGAUGUAAUUGCCUCAGAUGCAGACAGUGGCAUUAAUGCAGAGCUUGUGUACAGCAUUCUUGCAGACUCUUCAACAAGGGGGCUUUUUGAGAUUGACCCCAGCUCAGGUGAAGUACGUGCUCGGAGCCCUCUAGAUCGUGAGCACAAGGAGCGAUAUGAGUUCCGUGUUACUGCGGCUGAUAAAGGGGUUCCUAGUCACAGGGGAACUGCCACAGUUGAAAUCAAGGUGCUCGAUCGGAACGACAAUGAUCCCAAGUUCAUGUUGAGUGGCUACAGCUUCUCAGUCUUGGAGAACAUGCCACCUCUUAGCCCUGUUGGUAUGGUAACUGUACAGGACAUGGAUGAAGGCGAGAAUGCUCAAGUGCAACUUUCUGUUGAACCAGAUGUGGGGAAAUUUGUAAUCCAGAAUGGCACAGGCACUAUCCUGUCCAGUAUCUCAUUCGACCGAGAGAAGGAAAGCAGUUACACAUUCCGAUUGAAAGCUGUGGAUGGAGGGGACCCACCCAGGUCAUCCUAUGUUGGCGUGACCAUUAACGUCCUCGAUGAGAAUGAUAAUGCACCUGUUGUCACCAAACCAUCUAACUCAUCCUUUAGACAACUGUCUCCGAUGGCUGCUCCAGAAAGUGUUGUGGAAGUAGUUGAAGGGGAGGACAUUGAUUCAGGGUCCAAUGCUGAACUGGUAUAUAGCAUUGCUGGGGGAAACCCACACGAUCUUUUUUACAUCGCUCCGUCUGAUGGAAAGAUCAUGCUAACUAAGGAACUUACUCGAAAACAUAGCGGUUUGCAUCGACUGGUGGUAAAAGUGAGUGACAGGGGGAAGCCAUCACGCCAUGCCAUUGCCUUGGUACACAUUUAUGUAAAUGAGACCAUUGCUAAUGUAAGUCAUGUUGAGGCACUUGUAGGUCACAGUUUGUACACCCCACUGGACAUGGACAUUGCAGGAGACCCUGAUUAUGGUUUGGCUGCCCAAAGAAGCAACAUUGUGUAUGGCAGUUUGGCUGGAGUGGCAGGGGUGGUCACUGUGAUUGUUGUGGUAGUCUUCAUCAGGCAUCGCCUUCAGAGAGAAGCUAAGAGUGGUUACCAAGCUGGAAAGAAGGAGACCAAAGAUCUGUAUGCCCCCAAGCAAGGGCCAAAAAGUGGCAAAGGGAGAAAAGGUAAAAAAGUUAAGCCACCAAAGUCACCCAAACCUCUUGGAGAGGAAGAAGAAGUCAGUCUUCAAAAGAGUCUCAAAUUUAACCUGGAUGGGGUCAAUGACAGCCCCAGGAUCCAUUUACCUCUGACAUAUCCGCCUGGAAGUCCUGACCUAGGCAGGCACUACCGUUCCAAUUCCCCAUUGCCCUCCAUACAGCUCCAGGCCCAGUCCCCAUCUGCUUCCCAGAAGCACCAAGCUGUCCAGGAGCUCCCUGCUGCCAACACCUUUGUGGGAACAGGAGGUGAUGACAACUCCACAGGCUCAGACCAGUACUCGGAUUACAGCUAUAAGACCAAUCAACCAAAAUACAGCACAAAAACGCUCCCGCAUCGCAGAGUGACAUUCUCCACAGCCAAUCCCGUGCAAGAUCAGCAGGACUCCUCCCAGCAGAGUUACUACGACAGUGGCUUGGAGGAGUCAGAGACCCCGAGCAGCAAGAGCUCUUCAGGGCCACGUAUUGGCCCCCUCGCACUGCCUGAGGACCACUAUGAGCGAACCACCCCUGAUGGCAGCAUUGGCGAGAUGGAACACCCAGAAACCGAUAUUCGCUCAUUGCCUGACGUUGCCAUGACGGGAAACUGCAGUCAGGAGUGUAGCGAGCUGGGUCACUCAGAUGCCUGUUGGAUGCCCGGUCAGCCUUCACCAGUUCGCAAGACACGCAACCCCCCCAAACUGUCCACGUUUGUGCCUUAUCAGGAGAGGGGGAGCCUGGGACGCCUGGCCAAUGGGGGUGUGAGGCUUGGAGGAGAGGAGAACAGGCCACGCCUCCCACCUUCCCGUAGUGCCUACUCCAGUAGUGACCACACCCCCAGUGACCACGCCCCACUGGAGGAGGUGCCUCUGAGCGUGACAGAGUUCCAGCCCACCAGUCCCACCUCCAAACACGCCUCGAAAAGGGAGAUAUACCUGUGAGAUAACCACACCCACCAUCUUCGAUUGAUGCACAUCAGAAGUUACAGAGACACAGUUUUGCAAAGAGAUGUUUGUAAACAAACAUCAAACUUGCAACAGGAUGAAAUAUCAAUUUUUGAUCAUCAAAAAUGUGUUAAAGAGUAGAUUUAUUUAUUUAAUCAUUCAUUCAUUCAUCCAUCUAUUUAUUAUCACUUAAUGUUGUUUUUUUACUGUUAUUUCUUCCAAACUGUUGCUUUCUUUUUUUCAUACCAUCAAAAACAAUGGGCGAAUACUUUGAUGUGAUUAACCGAGUUUUAGCUUCGCUAGUCUGCAGAAUGUUUAUGGGUUAUUUAAAUAGACUACUGAGUGCCAUGGACAGGAGGUACUGCUGUAAAGGGUCUUGAGCCACAUAUAGAGUGUUAAACACUCUUAACUUAAUCUUGUCCUCAGAGGGGAGCAGUCUUUAUACAUGUAAAAUGCUGUAAAUACAUUUGUAUGGUGUAUAUAUGAAUAAUACUAUCAGGCUUGAUUUGAAAAAUAAUUAAAAAGGUAUAUCUAAACCAGCCUGAACACUUAUAGUGUGUGUUGAUACUGCUGCUUUUGAGGGUCAUAAUGUGUGUAAUGAUUCGUUGGGAAGGUGAAUUGAAGAACUGGACUGGAAGGGACAAAUUCCGGAUAGACUGGUGCUCUGUGACCCUCGCUGCGCCCCGUCUAGGCCACAAAGUGUAUAGUUUGUAUGUAUGUAUGUAUGUGGGGGUGUCUUAGGUGAGGGGGUGGGUUUAAAAGUGAUUAACACUCAGAGCUUAACAUAUACCGAUGUGCGUGUGUGUUUGUGCAUCAGGGGACCUACUGUCACAAAGUAACGCGUGUGGCUUCUGGCAUUAACACCCUAUUCAACAGAUGAGAAUGCACGUGCAUACUUCUGUGUCAUGCAGCAAAACUUGUUUUUUGGCACUGUGAAUCUUCCCUUCCUCCUGAACUCCCAUGGUGUAGUGCAGUCUGUCUGGCACUCACAAAGAUGCCUACAGCUCACAUAGUACAUCCUCAGUGAGGAGGGGACCGCCUGCCUCCCCUCUGAUUAUUGGUAGGUUUACCAUUUUUAUACUACUGCAGCAGUGGUGGUUGACGCAACAAUGGUAAUUGAGAGUCCAUAAACACGCAGAGCCUCCAUCAAAUGGAUCCAAUUUGGCACAAUCAUAUUCACGGUCCUGUUUUUGUUUUUUACAUUGUUUUAUUACGACUGAUUUUAAAGGGAAAACUUUGUGUCCUAUUUAGAUUUUGUUUCGAUGAACAAAUGUAUUAAUGCCUUAACAACAGUUGUAUAUAACAAUCACAAUGGACAAAUUAGACUGAUAAUCCUGUCUUGUCUUUCGCAUGUCAAUUGUGCAUGUUUAUUUUUUUUUUUCACAAUCAAAAAAUUACAAAUGUUAGAAAAUAUACAUUUGCACACCACAUUUUGCCUAUUUUCCACCACCUUUUUUACAUGAAUGUUCUGUCCCCGAUUGAUUGCGUAUUUCAUUGGGUUUAACUAGUUUUUGUUUUUUUCUUUGACACUGUGCUGACUAUCUAACUUGCUCUAAAGCUGUCUCCCUCCUUGUUUGAGAAAAUCUUUUGGGGGACUACUUUAAUAAUGACUAUCUAUUGUGCUCAAGGACCCAGAUAUCUGAUGGACAUUUUCAUAACUCACAGUGUAGCGGCUUGAUAUCUUUACUUUUUCUGCACUUGUUGCUGCACGAUACCUGCCCAGAUCCCAGUGCUUGGGCAAACGUGAGUUUGUGUCUGUAAGGUAGGGGGUGUAUGGGGUGUUCUGCGAUGGGCAUUUUCUUAAUUAGGGUAAUGAGUGUGGCAUACAUGAACACUCCAGCCCCCAAAGGAAGAAAGGAUCACGGAUAAGAUCCGGUCAAUCAGUUAAAAAAUGCCUUCAAUUGUUUAGAGAGGGACACUUUUCACUGCGCUUACCUCGUCGCAACUGCCUUGAGAGCCUUGCGCUAAAUAAUUAAGGCCAAAACAUAUGGAAAUUGCUGGACAUUAUGCACAUUAUGCUGUUUUCAGAGCCAUUUAGUGACUCUGAUAGAAAAUCCAGCGAGAGUCAUGAUCCAGCGCAAUUAGCCCAGUUCACAUUCCCCUCCUCUUCACCGUGACUGCGCUCAGCUUUAGCUUUGCCUAGGCAAAAGUGUGGGAUUGCUGACCUGACUUUACACAGCUAAAAGAUAGAGAUGACCACAAAACUCUACCACCACUUAAAGGCUUUCAUCUUUUCAAACUCUGAGUGAAGCAGGCUUUGACCUUACCACACUCUGAUGCCAGCCUGAGUCAGAUACUCUGAAUUGCAGGUUUCGCCUUCUCUGACUUCAUCUUGAAUUUGUGAGUCUGGCUCUUUUAUUCAUUGUAAUUCUAAGGCUAUAGACUCCUCUGAGUCAUUUGCCCGAAACACUGGUUUUGUUUCCUGGGCCCCACAGAGGACAGACUGACUAAUGUACACUUCUUGUGGUUGUUUUUUAAAACUGGUGUUUAGAAGUGUGCUCUUUCACUGUUAGAUGUCUAGCUGAGGACUUAUGGAUGUGACAAGAUUGUAAUGAAAGAAUAAGUCUUUUUUUGUCCCUAGAUUGAGACUUUUCUGCAUAGAAUAAUAAAAACUGGUGUUUGUGGUAAACAUCUCUCAAAAAAGUGUUUUGUACAUAGCUCUCCACAAUCCCCCCCCCCCCCCGAGGUGAGCAUGAAUUCCAAAGAUAAUUGGUAGAAACCAUUUACUGUUCUUGCUGAGAUGUUAGUGCCAGUUCAAAAACCUUUCCUUGAGAACAAAAUAGACGUUCACUGCACAAACUCAUCUUCACCGUUCACCCCAAACUAAAGACAGCUGCCUUGAAAGUAUGUCUUUUGCAGGAGAGUUCAAAACUUGUUAUCCUUAAUUGUUGAUUAUAUUUAUAUAGGACUAAAAUGCUUGUGAUGAUCUGUUUUUGUACAGUUUUAUGUACAUGCAAGUGAAGCUUUUUAAAUCUUACAACAUAAGCCAAUGGCAUAUACAAAUCGUAAAGUGUUUAUUGAGAUGUGCACAUCUUGCCUUGGAUGGAUUGAUCUUUUGCUGAGUCGGUGUGAAUGUGGUCGUUGUAUGCCUGCACUGUAGUCAUUCACUGGCUCCUGUCACCGAGGGCUUUAUCAGUUUUUAUGUUUAUCGUGAACAGUGGAUAGUCCGAUCCGACUUGUUUGUUUGAUUCCCAUGUGUUUUGUUUUGUUCCGCAUGUUGAAAAUAAACUCCUUGUAACAAGUCCUUGCAAAAUUUGUAAUAAAAUGAGUGAAAAAAAAAAAAAGAAAAAAAUGCAUUUGCUUGGUGAGUCUUUGUUUAAGAAUAAAUCUAGAACUGUGAUCUCUCCAUAAAGCUUUUUCAUUAAUAAAGCAAACUGAUCUGACAAAGA